GGAACCUCGCUUGCCUUCGACGCUUUAUCUCAGACGUAUCGACGCCACCCCUUCGCUCGCUCUCUUCUCCUACUCUCACCAUGGCGCGACGAGGGAAUGGACAGAUAGUGAACAGCGUAGCGAGAUCGAGGAAGGCGGGGUCCCAGCUUGCUCAGGCGGCCCCGGUGCUCUUCGACUACUAUUCGGCGAUAGGAAUGGUAUUGGGCGGUUGCUGCACCAAUGUAUGGGCGUAUGAAGAGCUGCUGCUCAUGAACCCCCGAAUAGGAUCGGCCCUAACCUUCUCUCAAAUGCUCUUCAUCACUUUGCAAGCCCUCCCAUCCUUCCUCUCUUUCAGAGGCGGAGUGCCCCGCUUGAAGCCACGGCAGGUCCCCUUAUCGAACUGGGCAGCACAAGUAAUACUUGUCACCGUCGGCUCGCUCUUCAACAACUGGGUGUACGCAUACAAAGUGCCGCUGACUGUCAUGAUCGUGUUCCGCUCAGCUGGUCUGGCGGUAUCGAUGUUGCUAGGAUACUUUGUACUCAAGAAACGCUACAAUGCCACCCAAAUCUUCUCCGCCGCCCUAGUGACCGUUGGUGUCGUCCUCGCAACAUUAUCUCGCUCCUCCGCCUCUGCCUCUUCUACCGAACUCACACCCGAUAACGCCGAGGACCUGCGUAGAUACACCCUGGGUAUCAUUAUGCUCGCUUCCUCGCUGUUCGUCACCGGCAUUCUGGGAAUCCUGCAAGAGCGCACGUACAAGAAGUAUGGACCGUGUUGGCGGGAAGGGGUGUUCUAUACGCACUUUCUCUCCCUCCCCUUCUUCCUCUUCCUCAUACCCGACAUCCAGCAGGGAAUGCAAAGUCUUUCGGCACCCAAGAACGACCGAUCUCCGCCUAUCGCCUUCGCUAUGCUCAUGACAAACUUGCUCUCGCAAUUGGUCUGCGUGCGCGGUGUGAACAGACUUACAUCGCAAGUCUCGUCCGUCUCGACGAACCUCGUCCUGACGAUUCGCAAAGCGCUGAGCCUGUGCUUCUCCGUCUGGUGGUUCGGCAACGCGUGGAACGCGCGGCUGGUGGUGGGCGCGGUGAUGGUGUUUGCAGGUGGGUUGCUGUUUGGGUGGGGAAGUGAGGGCGGGAACAGUGCGAAGCAAGAGGUUGAUAAGGGUAGCGAAAAAGAUAAGAAGACGCAGUAGUCAAUCAAAUGUGUAUCGAACAGACAUCGGUUUAGACCUGUUGUACAUGAAACUUCUUGCUGCUUCGCGUUGAUGUACCUGUGCCGGCGCAAGAUAUUUUGAAAGCGAAGGCGGG